AUGAAGCGCUCGAGCCUCCCAGGCGCUCGGUCACCGCGCCUAAGUGGGCGCGGGCAGAGUCGCCGCCGCCUACCGCCAGGCCGCCUCCGAACAGGAAGCCGUGCGCCGGCCGCGGAGGCCCGCCCCCAUGUAGCGACGAGCCCGCCGGCCCCAGCGACUAGAGCGAGGGGCGGGGGGGAGGCGGAGGGCGGGGAAGCGGGGCGGCCUCCGCAGAGAAGCUGCGCCUCCGCCACCGAUCAGAGUCCGCUUCGGCAAGCAGCCGCAGCGUCCAUGUUGACGGCCCAAAGCGGAAGUCGUUAGGCAGAACGGAAGGGGAACCUGCAGGGGGACUUCCGACAGCAACCUGUGCUUUUUCUCCGGCUGUCCGGCGCCGUGACGCUUGGGGGCGCGUGGGAGUGA